AUGACCAUAGCAUUAAUGUCGGCUAGCACCAGCACCAUUCCGAUGCUUAAACAAGCGCCUCUUAACACUGAACUGGAUCCUAUGCCAGAAGAUCAGUCUUCUCAAUGCGAAUCAUCGGUAGAUGUUCAUAUCGCUUUAAUGUUUCCUUUCAUUUUCACUGCUAGCUGUUCAACGAGAAGUUUAAAAGCCAUUCGGAGUUACAGAGUGCAGAAUCAUAGCAUUGUAUGGUCAACUCUCCGCUCAAAGUCGCGGAUUUUUGGUUCCAAGAAAGUAGGUGAUGGAACUCCUCUUUCUGGUAGCAUUAAAGAUGUUACGGAGACUCCCACUGAUCGAGAAAAUAUGACACCACCAGGAAGGAGUCUGCGUAGAAUGUCGGCAAGUUCGGCAAGCAUUCAAAAGAAGGUUUCGUCGGCACUGAAGAAGAGUUUGGGCUUCUGUGGUUCAAAUUCCAAUCUGGCUGGUGUUCAAGUGCGGGGCACACCUGCUGGUAUUCUUAAACGCUCAUCUACAAACUCGAAAGACAGAUAUCGCUUGUCAUCUAGCAUUGCACGGCGCUGUAGUGACGUUUCGGGAAUUGUGGCCACUGAAUUGGAGCGCCAGGUGCGCAUAGAGGAGAAGAAAAAGGAUGCAGAGGAGGCUCGGAUGUAUAUGGAAAAAGUUCUUAUAUCGGGAGAGCCUAUUAUGCAAAUAUUAUAUAGAGAUGGUUACGACGCCGUAGUUGUGGAUGUGUCCGCGACAGGGCUUCCGGUCUCUAGCAUUGCGAAAGACAUACUUUGUGGUGAUUCUGGUAACGAACUUCAUAAAAUUGGAAUGUUCAAGCCAUACAAGGACGGCAUUUUGAAGACACAGCCAGGAAAACCUGAUAUAAUUUACAUCGUAAGUGAGAAAGAUGAAGAACCAGACAAGCGUGUGAGGGUAGGUGUAGCGACCGGAAUGCGCGAAGCGUUUGGAUGCGAGCAGCUGAAGAAAAUAGUGUUGUAUCCCUUCUGCAUAUCUCACGAAGAACCAUUCACAGAUUACGUCAUUCAGCAGUUUCUAUUGGCUUCAUUUAAAGCGUUUAUUUGGAAUCAGAAAGCAAAAUUUGAUGGGACUUUAACAUUGGCUGGUGUUACUGAAGAGAACUGUGCACAAAUCCAUCGACUCUAUGAAGAAUUUUUGAACUCAGAAAUAAGGACGAGAAUCACAGCUUACGAGAAUCUAUCUUUACCGGCCACUGAGAAGAUACAAACCAAAGACGUCGAUGAACAGAACGCAUCAUCUAGAGAAGUCAGUAGUUAG